GCCCCUUUGGGCGCUGCUUCCGGGUGGGGCCCCGGGCCGAGGCGAUGGCGCCUUGGGCGCUCCUCAGCCCUGGGGUCCUGGUGCGGACCGGCCACACCGUGCUGACCUGGGGGAUCACGCUGGUGCUCUUCCUGCACGAUACGGAACUGCGGCAAUGGGAGGAGCAGGGAGAGCUGCUACUGCCGCUCACCUUCCUGUUCCUGGUGCUGGGCUCCCUCCUGCUCUACCUGGCUGUGUCGCUCAUGGACCCAGGCUAUGUGAACAUUCAGCUCCCGCCCGAGGAGGAAUCCAAGGAGGAACAGACAGCCAUGGUGCCCCAGGCCAUUGCCCUCCGGCGCUGCAGAUACUGCCUGGUGCUGCAGCCACUGCGGGCCCGGCACUGUCGUGACUGCCGCCGCUGCGUCCGCCGCUAUGACCACCACUGCCCCUGGAUGGAGAACUGUGUGGGGGAACGCAACCACCCGCUCUUCGUGGCCUACCUGGCGCUGCAGCUGGCAGUGCUGCUGUGGGGCCUGCACUUGGCGUGGUCCGGCCUCCACUUCUUCCAGCCCUGGGGGCUGUGGCUGCGGUCCAGUGGGCUCUUGUUCGCCACCUUCCUGCUGCUGUCCCUGUUCUCACUGGUGGCCGGGCUGCUCCUGGCCUCACACCUCUACCUGGUGGCCAGCAAUACCACCACCUGGGAGUUCAUCUCCUCACACCGCAUUGCCUACCUCCGUCAGCGCCCCGGCAACCCCUUUGACCGUGGCCUGACCCGCAAUCUGGCUCACUUCUUCUGUGGGUGGCCCUCGGGGUCCUGGGAUACCUUGUGGGCCGAGGAGGAGGAGGAGGGGGGCAGCAGCCAGGAUGUUUAGCAUCCCCAGAGGCCACCUGCCACCUUGGACAGGCCUGGGAGGGCCAAGAACCCCUGCCUGCUGAGUGCAGUCCCGCCUUCCCAAGGAAGAAGGCGAAGAAGAGGACGGAGGUGAUGCUGAGCAGUUGGGCCUCCUCCUGUGCAGUUUUACACAUUUAAUAAUCCACAAAGCCAGUCAAGUAUUAAAAAGACAAACUAAGCCACU